UUUGGAUUUUAAAUCUGUGGGUAGUUCUGCAGAUAGGUUUGGAUAUCCAGCAAGUAUUUUCAGAACUUGCUCUCAUUAACCCUGAAAAUAAUGAGGAAUCAACUAGUUUUUUUAAGAAACGUGAAACAGAUGAAACAAUAAAUGAAAUGGAAAUCGAUGAAGAAAUCAAUAGACUUAAAAUAGUUGAGAAUAAGAAAACACCACAUGUGGCGGAACAGCUUGGCGACCGUAAAGUUCUUUCAAUUGAAGAUAUUAAAAUUCUUAGUGAGCUUGAAUAUGUAUCUGAUUUCUUCUGGGAUAAAUAUAAAGAAACUCCAUUAUCUUGCGUAAGUUCAGGAAAGGUUGACGAGAAGGCGGUACUUGUUGCUUUAGUAUGUCUACCCAAAGGCACGCAAGUUAAUUUACCUGGCGAGUUCGAAGGAUAUCGUGUGCUAAUAGACUAUGGGGAAAUUGAACCGGCUCAUCGUAAACGUCAUGAUGAGCUUAAGCCUGGUAUAAGUAUUGGUAAUGUUAUUAAUCCAAAUAGCGACCAAACAUUUACGUUAGGACCAGUGUUUAGAACAGAACAAGAUGAAAACAAAAGAUAUAUACUUACAGUAGAACAUGGAGUUAGAAAUAGUAACCUCGUAAUUCAACCAGGGAGUUCUGACCAAGUAUGCACCCAUUAAAGAUUGACUUAAUUUUGUCCGCUUGUUGACUCCUUUUAAUGAUCAGGGUAUGACACCUAGGGAUAAUUGCGCUGAAGUUAUGUAUACUUUUUAUGGUGUUGACGAAGAAGGACGUUUUCUUGACUAUGCUUUUUGUGAGAUCAACAAACGAGAAAUAUCAAUACCUAGUAACAUUCCAUUUGGAACUGAAGUUAUUAUUUAAAGAACAUAAACAAUCCGUUGAAAACGAUCCAAAUAAUCAGAAGAAAAAGCUCGACUUUAUUAAGGUUGAGAAGGUUGGUAGGACAA